CGGAAGCUAUAAAACGUCCACUGAUGAUAAAAUUACGUUCACAGUUUCUUUUCUGACUGUAAAGUGUGCGAGUAAAUAUGAAAGUCUUCGCCUUAGUCGUUUUAUUCGCAGCAGUGGCCUGUGCCACCCCAUCGAUGAGCAAUUUGGCCAAAAUAUUGCAGGAUCGUUUGACUGGCCCAGCUGUUGAUGUGGAUCCCUUCAUCAUUGGCGGCGAGGGCGCUGCUCACAAUGCCGCACCCUACGUGGUCUCGUUGAGUGUCUCUUAUGUGGCCUAUGCCCACACCUGCGCUGGUGCUCUCAUCAACAAAGAGUGGGUUUUGACUGCCGCCCACUGCGUCAGUGAAUUGGAGAAGAUGGCCGGUAAGAUCGUUGGUUUGCCCAUUUUCGCUGGCCUAACUGACCGCCAAAACCUCGAAGAAGCCCAAAUUCGUUUCAUUGACUUUGCCUUCAACCACAAACAAUUCACCGGUGUCGAGGGAUCCGAUGAUAUUGCCUUGUUGCAUGUCAGCUCCGCUUUCGAAUACAACGCCUCCGUUCAGCCAGUUGCUCUGCCUGGCAGGACCGAAAUGUAUGAUGGACAAACUUCCGCCACUUACGGCUGGGGCUUGGACAAUGCUGAAGCCACUUUUUAUGCUAAGGACUUGCAGAUGGCCAAAGCUGAAGUUAUGAGCAGCGAGGAAUGCAAAGCAGCCCUUCCCUCCGAUGCCCCCAUCAACUCCAAACAGAUCUGCGCCAAAAUAGCUGCCUGCUAUGGUGAUGGUGGCUCUCCCCUGGUUAUCGAACACGAAGGCAGCGUUGCCGAAUUGGCUGGCAUCACCUCCUUUGGCUACUUACCUUGUGGUUACAACGGACGCCCCACAGUUUACACCGCUGUCUCGCAAUACGUGGAUUGGAUCGCGGAAGUCCAAUGGGCCUUUUACGUACUCCAUUAAUUUCCAUCUAUGCAAAUAAAUUAGCCAUUGUGGUAAAUCCGCAAAACGAAACAAAUUAAA